GGCGUCGGCGACGAGUGGCUCCGUGAACCCGGAUACUAAUAAAGUUCGCUAGAGACUCUUAAUCGUUCUGAAAGAGCGGAGCGGGUGCGAGGCGUCUGCGGGGAGGAACCGGGCUCAGUGCUGCGGGCUGUGCGUUCCGGGCUCGGUGCUGCGGGCUGUGCAUUCCGGGCUGGGUGCUGCGGUUGUGCGUUCCGGGUUGCGGGCUCCGCUCUGAGGGUUCCGGGCUGUGGGCAGAGGGCGAAGAAUUGUUUAGAUAGAGAAGAGGAAGUUGACUUCCCAGAACUGAGCCAGUGUGAGCCCACAAGCUGGAUGAACACGGUCAGAUCUUGGUCUGAGGGAGAGGGUCUGACCUCCUGGAGUUAGAGCUGGUCCAGAAACCGUUCCUGUUUCAAAAAUGCUGGAGGAAGACAUGGAAGUGGCCAUCAAGAUGGUGGUGGUAGGGAAUGGGGCUGUUGGGAAGUCAAGCAUGAUUCAGCGCUACUGCAAAGGCAUUUUUACAAAAGACUACAAGAAAACCAUCGGCGUUGACUUUUUGGAGCGGCAGAUUCAAGUUAAUGAUGAAGACGUGAGGCUAAUGCUGUGGGACACUGCAGGUCAAGAGGAGUUUGAUGCGAUAACGAAGGCCUACUAUCGAGGAGCCCAGGCUUGUGUGCUUGUGUUUUCUACCACAGACAGGGAGUCUUUUGAAGCAAUUUCCAGCUGGAGAGAAAAGGUAGUAGCAGAAGUUGGAGAUAUACCAACCGCGCUUGUACAGAACAAGAUCGAUCUUCUGGAUGAUUCAUGUAUCAAAAAUGAGGAAGCUGAGGGACUGGCCAAAAGGCUAAAGCUGAGAUUCUACAGGACGUCUGUGAAGGAGGAUCUAAAUGUGAACGAAGUUUUUAAAUAUUUGGCUGAGAAACACCUACAAAAACUCAAACAACAAGUAGCGGACGAGCCGGAGCAGACACAUUCGAGCAGUAACAAGAUAGGUGUCUUUAAUGCGUCUGUUGGAAGUCACUUGGGUCAGAAUUCAAGUUCCCUUAACGGUGGAGAUGUCAUCAACCUUAGACCUAACAAACAAAGGACCAAGAAAACCAGAAAUCCUUUCAGCAGCUGUAGUGUACCCUAAUUGUUUUAGGGAGGAGAAAGCUGAAUUGCACCGUGCAGUUAACCGCACCGAGUGUGGGGUGUCCCGAGUGUGUCGGCAGGCCUCGCACCUCGCUCUGAAAGCUGACAUUGUAAUGUUGCUCUGCCGUGCUUCUCAGAAUGUAGACGGAGCCCUCUGCUGGAAAUUACUGCCCUGUGAACUCACUCUAGUUUUUUACAUUAGACGAAGCUUCUCCUGUUUUUGAAGGAACACCAUAGGAAAUGUCAAAAACAGGUUUUGCUGAAUUUGCAACGCUGAACACUAGAACAACAUGACUAACUACAUUGGUAACUGUUUACCCUGAUGGACCAAGGAGAGAUGGCCGGCAUUCUUGUUCUGAAACUGGUCGUCGAGCUUUUCUGGAAUGUUCAACCUGAAUGCUUAAAGAACAUACUGCAGGGGAAACGCGGCCUCCUGAGACAGCAGCACAGCGCGUGUCGUCAGUGGUACUCGUGCAAUAUCUGUAAAGUGUGGACUAUGGGGUGAGCAUACAGACGCCUGGCUGGAGCAGGUCUGUGCCCUGGGAAAGGGUGUGCAGAUUCUAAUUCACUCCCUCAGACGACCAUUGUGUAUGUUUCUGGUCUCACAUGAGCCCUCAGACAUACUCUACAGAACGAAUUUCUACAAAAGUGUACCGUGUGCCAAACACUACCCCUAAUUUUUACAGUGCUUUCCUAUUAGAAUUUGCAUUUACGGCAUCUUGUAGAGGCCUGUGACAGUGUAGGUGAAGGGAAUGUAAACAUCUGAAUGUUAGGGCCUCUCCCUCAGGGGAGUUCUCCCAGCGUCUUCUCAGGGCCGCCGUAAGCACAGUGGGCUUUAUGCUGUUAUGUGCUUAGCUUGUGUCCAGUACACACAGCAGCCUGCGGCCACUCAGAAGACCUGUGGAGCAUGCGCACACUAGCUUCUGUCAGGCUGCUAACUUGAGACCAAACUCUGAACUUCGGAGCUGAAGGGACCCGUCUUCUCAGAGUGACGGUCUUUGGCCCUGAUCCAGGUUAGAGAUUUCCUGAAGCCUUGCAGCUCGUCAGGCAGCCCUUUGCUCACACGUGGUAUAGCCUUCACCACUAGUGCUUCAGUUUUUCCGUGGCCUUGGGUCUACAUGGCACCUUAUCAAGACCUAUCGGUCAGAGGCAUCUGCAAGGAUGUGACCUAGUGUGUAAUGAAGGUCGGAAGCAUGUGAGUCGGACUCACACUGCCUGCCAAAGAGAUGAUGUCAUGAACUCCACUAAAAACUCUUCAUCAGUAGUUUUGUUUUUAAAGUAUCGAUAACCCGUUUCCAGAGUCUUGGUUUUCAUGUGGCUUUAAAAUAUAUGAAAGUGAUUUUUCUUGGAAUAUAUGCUAUAAAGUCCUUUUUUUUUUAACUAAAAUAUAAAAUAGUUCUUGUAUUUCUCUUGUCCCUUUUUUAAGUUACCCUGACACACCACCCCAUGCUGCCCCGAUUCCUGGUGUGAGCACAGAGGUUCCGGCGUCCUUGCUCCACGGUGGCCCACGCUUGCCCUUCACACUACAUCCCAAGCCGGCCACGCAGGCCGCUCCUCUGUGUACUCUGCUGUUAGAGCCCCCACUGCCGGGGUGAGGUGGGGACUUGGUUCCCCACAGUGGUGCUGCUGUGAGCCACCAUUGUUCUCUUUGAAUACAGACUCUUCAGAUUUUGCACUAAUUUGUUGGCAAAUAAAUGAGUUGCCACUUUUAAUGACAUUGGCAGAAAAUGCAUUCCUUAUAGAGUAUUGUAGCUUUCUUCAUAGUCACUAAAUGCAUGGUAGAAAGGCGUGUGGUAUGUCUCUGUAAAAGUGUCUGCUGAUGGCUGCACUUUCCUUAAUAUUUGUUCUUUUGUCUUCCCCCUUCCCCAACCCCCUCACCCCACCACACCCCAGAGCUGAGGACCAAACCCAGGGCCUUGCGCCUGCUAGGCAAGCGCUCUACCACUGAGCUAAAUCCCAACCCCUUCCCUACUAUUUGUAACAGAAGUUUAUGUGUUUUGCUUUAUCCAUUUUUUUAAUGGAAGUGUUUGUUACACAUUUGAACUUUUACUUUGCAUUACUGUAUUUUAUACCUAACUUUAAAAGGUCUAAAAUCAUCCACAAGUAAUAUUAAUUUAUCAUUGUAGUCAAUUCUGAGACCUUUAGGUCACAUUGUGGGUUUCUUCUGUAACCGUAACGCUUAAGAACUUCAGUAUGAAAUUCUAGAGACGCCCCCUGUCGAUGAACGCUGUCCAGGACUUGGGGCCAUGGGACAGUUGUGCUCUGGUUAACUGUUUUGCAGUGUCACCGUUUUUAGUGUCAGGCACGUAGCUGUGGAGUAGUUGACGUAUCUAAGAGUUCCUCAGGUUUCUUCCAGUCUCUGCCUGUGAACUAAAUAGUACAUAAGACAGCCCACAUACGGCCGUGCAAAUAAAAGCAGGUUGAACUGCUGCUUUUUGUCCACUCAAGGUGACAGCACACGUGGAGAUUUCAAAUUACAGCUAGCGCUACCACAGAGAGGAUGUGUGACCCCUUCCCUGCCAGUGAAGUCGGGCAGUGCAGAGAACUCAGGGUGUGGCCCCACUGUGCCUGCCACUAGGGACCAGGGUCUUUGAGAGGAUUAGGAUGAGCUGUUGGCCUUUUAGCCUGAUGUAGCACCCUGAAGUGCUCUUGUAAUCUGAGAUGUCUCUUGCCUUCCGAGGAUUCUGGUGACUGCUAUGAGGCGAGCACCUCACAGAGACUUGGUCACAGCCAGCGCUGAUAUGCAGGGAGCCCAUAAGGGGGUGCGGGGGUGGGGGGUGGGGGGCUGUGACCUCCACAGCCUUAGGUGAGCAGGUGACUUUACCCACACUAACAGCUACUACAAACAUCAUGUUGCUCUUAAGAGUUUCACAUACAAAACCUAAAAAUCCGUCCUAGAAAUGAAGUUAUCUGCACACAGGUGAACGAAACCCCAGCAGGGUCUGCCCAGCAGCCAGCCCAGAUAGGAGGAUGAUUUGGCCACAAGAGUUUUUGUUACUACUACUUUUUCUGUUGUCUCUUGAAAUAUCUAUAGCAGGAUGUUGAUAAAAUGGUAUUUUAAAAAUAAAAUCUUUGAAUCAAAGGAAAAACUUAACCCCUCCUAUAUUUUUGUUACUAAUAAAUAAUGCUUUUGUAAAUCCGAAUGGAAAACUACUUGUAUGUAUUCAUAUUGAGUGGUACUUAAUACCUUUGGGGUUAAUUUAAAAAUGUACUACUUGAUUAAAAUUUCCAAAAAGAUAAAUUCCAAUAACCAAAAAGAAUAAAGCAUUUCAAAGCUAGAA